CGUUCACAGUGUGCCAAACUUUGACCCUGCAACACAAUUGUUGUUAUUGACUGAAAGGCAGUAGUCUGUUGUUCCAGCUUGCUAAUUAAGUGUCACACUGUCUAGUAAGUUAUGUGACAUAUGGGUGACUCCCUCUUGAUGAUGUCAUCAGUGGUAUUACACACACAGUGGGCACAUCAGACUCAGGUCUAGGCUAUUCCUGCUCUUUCAACGUGCCAGAUCUAUCAUUAUGCGUGAGAUUGUUCAUCUACAGAUCGGACAGUGUGGGAAUCAGAUCGGCUCAAAGUUCUGGGAGGUGAUCAGUGAUGAACAUGGUAUUAACAGAGAAGGAGUGUAUGAGGGUGACAUGGACCUUCAGCUGGAGAGGGUCAAUGUUUACUUCAAUGAAGCACAUGGUUGCAAGUAUGUUCCAAGAGCCUUGUUAGUGGACCUGGAGCCGGGCACUAUGGACAGCGUGAGGGGCAGUCACAUAGGACAGCUCUUCAGACCGGAUAAUUUUAUACAUGGUAAUUCCGGAGCUGGCAAUAACUGGGCAAAAGGUCACUAUACUGAGGGCGCAGAACUCGUGGAGCAGGUUGUGGAUCGUGCUCGUAAUGAAGCCGAGGGCUGUGACUGCAUGCAGGGCUUCCAGUUCGUCCACUCUCUGGGCGGUGGCACUGGUUCGGGAAUGGGGACCCUGAUUAUCAAUAAGAUCCGAGAAGAGUAUCCUGACCGCAUUAUGAAUAGUUUCAGUGUAAUGCCCUCACCGAAGGUCUCCGAUACAGUAGUCGAGCCGUAUAACGCGACCCUAUCAAUCCACCAACUGAUUGAGAAUACAGAUGAGACGUUUUGUAUUGAUAAUGAAGCGCUGUAUGAUAUCUGCUUUCGCACUCUUAAGCUCACAACACCAACUUAUGGAGAUCUCAACCACUUGGUAUCCCUCACAAUGAGCGGGGUCACGACCUCCCUUCGCUUCCCAGGUCAACUGAACGCUGACCUUCGGAAGCUGGCCGUCAAUAUGGUGCCCUUUCCACGCCUCCAUUUCUUCAUGCCAGGUUUUGCACCUCUCACUCCACGUGGUAGCCAACAAUACCGGGCCGUAACAGUGCCCGAGCUCACCCAGCAGAUGUUCGACGCCCGAAACAUGAUGACAGCGUGUGACCCGCGUCGAGGACGCUAUCUGACAGUGGCGGGCGUUUUCCGCGGUCGCAUGUCCACUAAAGAGGUUGACGAGCAAAUGCUAGCCAUUCAGCAGAAGAACAGCAAUUACUUCGUAGACUGGAUCCCUCACAACGUCAAAGUGGCUGUUUGCGACAUCCCACCACGAGGCCUCAAAAUGGCCUCCACCUUCAUCGGAAACAACACUGCCAUCCAGGAGAUAUUCAAGCGCAUCGGAGAGCAGUUCCUGCUCAUGUUUCGACGCAAGGCCUUCCUGCACUGGUACACGGGGGAGGGCAUGGAUGAGCUGGAGUUCACAGAGGCCGAGAGCAACCUGAAUGAUUUGGUGUCCGAAUACCAGCAAUAUCAGGAUACCACCGCCGAUAUGGAUUAUGAUGCAGAAGAUGAAGAGGCAGAAGAGGAGGCUCUGUCAUCAACAGCACGCAGCACUCGAGUGGAGAUUGAGACUGAGGUGUUCACUGAAAUUUCUGUCAACGAAUGACUUGUGGGCUUUAGUGAAUAUGGCAAGAGUGGAUCUGAUUGUGUGAAGAGUGAGAACAAUCAGUGGCCCCAAAAUAUUUAACACUUAAGAUACAGUUAAAACAUAUAAAUGAGUUAUACUGCAUUAGAAAAAAAUUUUUGGCUUGAAAGAUGUGCUUUUUUUUAUUUAAUUUAAUGACAAUGUGCCUUAAGAGUUUAAAUACUAUUUGGAGCCACUAUUCAUAGCAAACUGUGAAAUAUUUCUGACCUCCAGGAGAAAAUGAUGAAUUACAUAAAUACAUAAUAAUAUGAUAUAUUCAAAAUUUAAAUAUAAUUUUCUAAUCUGUCCUAAUAUAUAUAUUUUCAAAGGUUUGGGGAUGAUAUGUUUUUAAAAAGAGUCUCACCAAGGCUGCAUUUAUUUAAUUAAAAUACAGUAAAACAGCAAUAUUGUGAAUAUUAUUUAUAAUAUACAUUAUGAAAU